AUGGAUCAAAUUCAGACAAUUCUUCAAAAGUACGUUGCCGUCGGCGACGAUACCAAGGAGAAGCUCCUCGGUGCGGAGUUCAUGGUCAUAUCUAAGGAUGUUAGUCUACGCCUCAUGCAAGGCCCUCAGUUACAAGCUUCUGCCGGCCGGGUUGAUGUGCCCCAGGACUCGUCCCCUUUCGAUCAGGACACCUUCACCUUCGUCGCGUCUAUGACGAAACUUGUCAGCGCAACGGCUAUCAUGCUGGCCGUUGAGCGAGGGUUCUUGAAUCUCAAUGAUGACAUGCGAUCAGUUGUACCAGAGCUAGGCAGACUCCAGAUCCUCAGAGGAUUUGACGACAAGGACCAGCCGAUCUUGGAGGAUAACACCGCGCCAAUUACACUACGGACUCUACUCACUCACUGUGCUGGCCUCGGCUACGAUCUGGCCCAUCCGGAUCUCAUGAAAUGGUCCAAGUUUGUCGGUCGAACGGCCACCUCGGCCGACAUUUCCCUCGAUGGCUACUCUGUUCCCUUCAAGUUCACACCAGGCCAAGGCUUUUGCUAUGGUCCUGCCCUAGACUUUGCCGGGCAGGCGCUUGAGAGGGUCACGGGGAAGACCUUGGGGCAAUUCAUGGCCGAGAAUAUCUGGAAGCCGCUUGGGAUGAACACUACCACUUUUAGAUACGAUACUUUUGGCGACAAGGUGUCCCAUAGAACAGCGGGGACCGUACUCCGCACCGAGACUGGAGCCCUCGUGUCCGGCGAGUUCCCGCUGAAUCGCCACCCAACGAUCGACGGUGCCGGCGCGGGUCUGUACACGACGGCUUCCGAUUACGCCAAAGUCCUGCAAGACCUGCUGCGGUCGAGCGCCGGCUUGGGAGGUAUCCUGAAGAAGGAGACCGUGGAUGAGAUGUUUCGGCCUCAACUGAACGAGGUCCAGCGGCAGUCUCUCAUGGCGGAGGCCUAUGCACCGGAAUGGUACGCUGCCUUAGUACCCGAGUUCAGCAAGGAUCUGCCUCUGGAUCAUGGUAUCAGCGGUGUGAUCAACAUGAAGGACGAGCCCGGGAAGAGGAAGAAGGGGAGCAUGAUGUGGUCUGGUCUGGCCAACAGCCAUUGGUGGAUUGAUCGCGAGAGUGGCAUUGCCGGUCUCCUCUUCGUCAAUGUCCUUCCCCACGGCGACAAGGUUGCGAUCAGGCUGUAUGACGAGCUUGAGAGAGCAGUGUAUGGUGAUUGGCAACUCGUCUCCAAGUAA